AUGCCCGUUACGGCACCCGAAAGCAACGAACAACCGGACGAACGACAGCCGUCCGGAUAUCAUCCCGCCUUCCUGGCCUACCCUUUCGUCUACAUAGCAUGUAGCGUUCCACUUGUGGUCGGGCGCAUCACCGCCCUACAGGGGAUUGACCUGGGCAUUCCUUACUUCGCCUUUGCAGGGUCAGUUCUUGCUCUGAACGGCUUGUUCAACUCGAUUCUAUGGACAACCACGAUCCUCUUCAGCGCCCCGCAAGACGCACACAAUGCAGGACUCGACAGAUUCGCCUUUAUGAGAACUCCGAUACGCGAGUUCGGCAACACCGUCAUCAUCAGCGGACCCGCGAGCAGAAGGGUCCCAAUCUGGGAAAUCACACCAGGAAGCAGGCGGAAGCAGUGGUGGUGGUGGCAACACGGAGGCCAACGAGGUUGGGGGAGGUCAUAUGCCAGUAUGCACGACAUGCCCAUUGCACGUUCGGUUGAAGUCCCAGCUCAUGAGUCGCAGAAUCUUGCGGAGGGUCCACACAUUCAGAUGGACGUUGUAACAGCAGUCAGGAGUGAACAGGUCGAGGAUGCGGGUAUCAAGUAG